CUCGACCAGCAGCAUGCUGCGCGUGGUAUUCCUUCUCGCCGCGCUGGCGACAUGCUGCAUCGCCGAUACGGACGAUCGCGCCGCGCUCCGUGCCCGCGUCAAGGCCUGGAAAGAGAGUGGGCCUGGCCAAGAAGCCCAGGCGCGCGGCCUCGCCAGCGGCCUCGAGGCCACCGACAUUGACGCCGAGCUCGACGCGUUCCAAGAGACGCUCGACAUGGUCGCGACGCUCAAUGCGCAGUACCCGCAAGCGCGCUUCUCGGAGCAGAAUCCAUUUGCGCUCAUGACACAAGCCGCGUUCGAGAAGUGGGUCCGCGGCAACAAGCCGGCGCGCAACGAGACAUGGUCCCGUACUAGUACCGAAGACGCGACGGUGCUGCCAGCGUCGACGGCCACGACGUCGAUCGACUGGUCCACCUCUGGCUGCAUGGCACCCGUGCGCAACCAAGGCGUGUGCGGCUCGUGCUUUGCUUACGCUGCGGUCGCCGCGGCCGAAAGCGCCUACUGCCUCGUCAACAACCGCCAGCUCACACUCUUCUCGGACCAGCAGGCGCUCAGCUGCGGGCCCGGCAACGGCUGCUACGGCGGCUGGUCCGACCUCUCGCUCGGGUGGAUGGCGGCCAACGGCAUGUGCACGCUGGACGCAUAUCCCAACACGAACGAGUGGACGAUGACGACCGCCGCGUGCGAGAAAAACUGCGCGCCCACCAAGAUGCCAUUCACGACGGUCGCCAGCACCGUCGGCGAGGUCGAGCUCGAGCAAGCGCUCAACCUCCAGCCGGUGGCCGUCGACAUUGGCUCGUCGAGCCCGGUCUUUAAAAACUACGCCGGCGGCGUCAUCACGGGCGGCUGCGACACGUGGUUCGACCACGUCCUCCUCGGUGUCGGCUACGGCAACGACGAUGCGGGUCUCCCGUACUUCAAGAUGAAGAACUCGUGGGGCACGUGGUGGGGCGAGAACGGGUACGUCCGGCUCCAGCGCGGCGUCGGCGGCGUCGGCACGUGCGGCCUUGCCCGCCACGCCGCGUACCCGGUCGUCUUCACGCCGCAGUUCAACCUCGUCACGUCGUCGGGCCAUGUGCUUUCCGAGUACUACUCCAACUUGUUUGCGGGCCCGAGCCGCGGCCCGUCGCCGAACGAGCAGUGGAACUACGACAGCAGGACGCACCACAUCAAGGUCAACUCGAACCACGAGUGCCUCGACGCGUACUAUGACGGCAGUGCGUUCAAGGUGCACACGUACACGUGCGACGCAUCCAACGGCAACCAGCGCUGGCGCAUCGACAGCGCCAACCACCGCAUUGCGCACCGAACGCACCCGAACCUGUGCCUGGACGUGGACCCGAGCCAGAACAACAAAGUGCAGGUGUGGGCCUGUGGCAACCCCGCACCCAACCAGUGGCUCGCCGUCUCGGAAGAGCGCGUGAAGCUCUACAGCUUCAACAAUCGGUUUCUCUCGUCGAACGGCGAGAUGAUCCAGUUCCCGCCCGAAGGCAGCUACCCGUACGAGUGGGUCGUCAGCAAUGCAGACAACACGUGGCGCGCGCGCUCCAACACGGGUGACCCGCAGCGCUGCCUCGAUGCCUACCAGCCCUGGAACGGCGGCGUCGUGCACCUCUACGCGUGCGACGCGACCAACGCCAACCAGAAAUGGCGCUACGACCCGAGCACGAAGCAGCUCCGCCACUUGACGCACCUUGGUUUUUGCCUCGACAUGCGCACAGCGGACGGCAGCCAAGCGCACUUGUGGCGGUGCAAUGCACCGACCAACGAUCUCCAGCGCUUUACCUACGCCUCGCAGUCGUUCCCCUAACCAUUUGUAUCUCUUGCGAUAGUCUAACUUUAAUACUGGUUUCUAAAAGAUUGGGUGUCGCAUGACAGACAG